AUUAUCUCCCACCGCCCUUCCUUGGAGACCUUCACCAGCCUUCGCCCGCCGCUACCCCCUCGUCCACCUGGCUUCCAGGGCCCAUCUCUGUCCGUAGGACUCCACUCCCCGUCUUCAGGCAACUCGCUCUCGGUCUAACGCGCAAUGCGUUUCGGUGAUUUUUCGACCCUCUGUCGUAACACAGGGUCAUACCCAUGGUGUAACUUGUUCUACCGCCAGAUCCUACAUGAGGACCCGACCGUGCUCACCAACGCUUCACUCCCUGUGUCGUCCGCAGGUCUGGGUGUGAAUCCGACAUGCGCGAUACCACGUAUGGGCCACGCAGGAUCUCUGGGCAAUAUCGCAAAUAUUGUCGUGUGUGCCCUCAGCAUGAUUCUCACCGCCGUUCUCAUCUGGGAAACCAGCCGGAGGAAAGCCGCCGUCGGUCGCCUCGAGCUGCGGGCUUUACUUUCGCUUUACUUCAUAUCUUUGCCCUUCCAGCUCGUUACCACGGGUUCUUUUCUUGAGCAGGGCUCCACAGCUUUGAUUGUUCUUACGGCCAUACACGCUGGAGUCGUUGCCACUGUUUUCUGGAUGCUGCUGGCCAACGGUCUAGUAGCGACGCAGGUCGUCGAGGACGGGACGCCCAGUAGUCUUAUCCCCUUCUACUUCAUAUCUUUCCUCUUCUUCGCUGCGACGACAUACAUAUCUUUCGAUAUUGCGUUGCACAUCACUUCCGCCUUCGGCCCCUCGAAUCCUCUGUCUUCACUCCACAGCAUCCCCUUGUUCGUCCUAACAAGCAUAUGGCCUGCUGUCGCCGUGAUCAUAUACUUCAUUAUUAUGACGUACAUCGUCCUGGCGGUGCUAAAUGAGUUGCGGCCCAUGUGGUUCUACGUGCUGUCCGCGGUGCUCUUCGUAUUGAGCCAGCUUGCGUUCUUUCUCCUGAGCAAGGUGAUAUGCAAGGGCUCCUCGGCCAAAGUCGAUGGCUCUUUUGUUGCCACGAUCCUUGAAACUGCUGCUGUCAGCGUCUUGUACUUGGCGUGGAAGAGUAUCACUGAGGAAUCUUGGGACGAGUCGCCCUUCUAGACCCGAUCUGUGUUGUCGCAUAUAUACCACUGCUGAACAAAACAUCCUUGUUUGCUUUGCACACAUCUCUAAUCCGCGUUCAAGUCACCCUUUUGUAUUUUUGGAUUUCUGUGUACCGAUCGUUUUUGGGACUUGCUUCGAAUAAUGUAGCAACUUGGUAUCUUGACUGUUCCAAUCUGCUCUAGGCCCCUUGGCUCGUCCCUUCGACUUCGGGUUCGACUUCGACUUCACAUCCAUUGGACUGCGCGUCGGCUUGUAAAUGCUGCGAAUCUCCUGGUAUAGCCAACUGCGGAAACCUUCACCUGAUGCCGACAGUGCAUGAUCAAUCAUUCCUAGUAACCGCUCAUCUACUCCGAUCCAUUUGUUCACCGGACUAUUCGCUAGGCCCGGCGUUCGUUGAACCUUAUCCAACCGGCCUGGCCCUCCUAACCGGAAGAGAAGCGCAAUGUGACAAGCUAUCAUUGUUUUAUCAAUUGUCCUUCCCGCAACAUAUGACUUUCGCAGUCUCAGGCUGUCCACUUGUACCCAGCAGACCUGCCCACUACGCUCAUGUCUCGAUUUGCUCACAAAUCCGUGGUCGUCACCGGGGGAGCCCAGGGACUGGGAAGAGCUAUCGCCAAGGCGUUCGUCGACGAGGGUGCCACAGUGGUCAUCUGCGAUUUCAAUGCGUCUCUGCUGCAUGACACAGUCGCCGCGCUGGGCCCCAGCGCCCAUUCCAUUGUUGCGGACAUCAGAAAUACACAGCAAGUGAAGGCCGUCGUCGAUCUCGCUGUCUCCAAGACAGGACGGCUGGAUGUCUGGAUCAACAACGCGGGGGUCAUGGAUCGCCUCGAGCCUGUGGGAACGGUCGCACGCGAGACAUGGGACCGCGUCGUCGGCAUCAAUCUCACGGGCACGUUCAUCUGCCUAGACGAGGCGGUCAAAGCCAUGCUGGCGCAGUCCCCCGCCGGCGGCGCCAUUCUCAAUGUGGCGUCGGUGGCGUCAGCUCGGGGCGGGUCGGCUGGCGCAGCUUACACGGCGAGCAAGCACGGCGUAAUCGGGUUGACCAAGAACACGGCCGCGUUUCUAGGCAAGAAAGGCAUCCGCUGCAACGCUAUUUUGCCUGGGGGCAUGGCCACGAACAUCGCCGACCCAAGUGCUUUGGAUACGGAGUUCAUGGCCGUCCUGCAAUCUACGAUGGCAAUGGAACCGCCACUAAACAAACUUGAAGAUGUCGCCAAAGUCGUCCUCUCGCUGAGCGAGGAUGGCCCGCUGAAUGGCGCUUGCGUUCCGGUGGAUGGAGGAUGGUCUGCCUACUAGCCAUUUUGCUGUCUUGUCAUAUCCAUUAAAGUAGUAGAUGCAGUAGGUAAAUAAGUUGAUUUACAGGGUCCCAAUGAGAAACAGCUUGGAUCCACGCUCCACUGUAUGUGUCCGGUGUAUGCUUCCUCAUUCGACCUCCAUGCUCCAGAACACUUCCAGUGACAUUCACUCGAGGAAAAUGGGUCACAAUUUC